GCGGGCACCGGUCAUCUGGCAAGGCGUGGGCACCGGGGUCACCAGGCAUUGGAUCGUCUGGCUCGACAGCGGGCAUCGGGUCACCAGGCAUCAGGUCAUUUGGCUUGCCAGCGGCACCGCGUCAUCUGGCAAGGCAGUGGGCACCGGGUCACCUGGAUCAACAGCGGGCAUCGAGUCAACUGGCCUAAUAGGAUCGUUGGGCUGGAUCAGUUCAUCAUGCUGAGUAGCGGCAUCAGGCUGAAUGCAGGCAUCAGGCUGAGGAGAGGCUUCAGGCUGAGGAGAGGCUUCAGGCUGAGGAGAGGCUUCAGGCUGAGGAGAGGCUUCAGGCUGAAGAGAGGCAUUCCGGCUGAAGAGAGGCAUCCGGCUGAAGAGAGGCAUCAGGCCGAGUAGAGGCUUCAGGCUGAGUAGAGGCUUUAGGCUGAGU